AUGGUACCUAAGAAGUUUUUGCUACAAUUAAUUCAGAAUUCUCUUACUGAACUCGGUUAUCAAGAUCUUGCCAUACAAUUGGAACAUGAACUGAAUUCCGAGAAGGAGUUUAAUGAUCCUACAAAUGAUGUAGAACUAAGCAAAAGUAAAUACGUGAACUGGUUUAAAAGUGAGCUAAAGACUGGUAAUUACUCAACUAUAUUAGCGCAGUUGAUGUCAAGCUUGAAUAAUUUGGAAAAUGAAAUGGCUGUGGAUAGUGAUGAUAUCCAAUUUUCCAAUGCGUCAGAUGUUAACUUUCUUGAGUUGUUGAAUGACAAUCAGAAUAGCAAGAAGGUUCUUUUGGUUGUAACUUAUUUCAUAAAACGAACUUUCUUGUUGGAGUGUAUAGUGCUAAUGUCCCAGCCCGUAGAUAACAUCAAUGGUGAUAUAGGUAAAUCAUCAAUAGUUCAAGGGACCGGAUUGAUUGAGUAUUUAAGGGAUGAAUUGAUGCCUAUCUUAGAUUCUAUUGAAAAUGAGGAGGGUGAGCUAUAUGAAUUAAACAAUAUUUUUGACUAUGAAGUUUUGAAGAAUUUAUCAAGAGAGAAGGAGACAAACUUGUUCUUACCCUUUCUUUUGCAGCUACCACUUACGAAAGAGCAUUUGGUGACGGCCUUCAAUCAUAUUGUACUUUCGAAUUCAACUAUUGCUACUGACUCAAGUCUGUCGUUUUUAAUCUGCUCAUUGAGAGAUCUGCUCCUCAAUAAAUGUCUAUAUAAGGUGUUCAAGAGUGGUAUCCAAACACAUGCUUUGUCUCACUCUAGCCUCCCAGUGAAUUGCUUAGAGAAGCUCAUUGAACAAGCAAAACUAUACCAAGAUCUGCAAUCUCCAUUUUAUUUAUCACCGAGAUCAAAAGCAGAUACUUUUAUCGAUAUGUCGAUCCCUUUCAGUCGAGAACAACAUGAAGCUAAUAAAAAGGCAUUUCCGAUACAUUUAUGUCACACGUUGUCUGAGCAUGUAAAUGAGGUCUGGUUUGCAAAGUUCUCUCCACUGGGGCUAUUCCUAGCAUCUGGGUCUUUGGAUGGGAGAGUCAUAAUAUAUGAUGUUUUAGAUUCCUUUAAGGUACUUCACAUUUUGGAAUCUAAUGCAAUGUUGGACAACCAGGCAUUUACGCCAUUUUCCAAAAAGACGUCUAGCAAUGCUAGCAAAGCUGUGAUAUAUUGCUGCUGGGAUCCUGAAGAGCGCUAUCUUGUUUCUUGCCAUUUGGACACAGUAGUCAGAGUUUGGUAUUUGGGUGAUUUGUGCCUAAAGAAUACACCUACUCAGGAAGCCUCUCCAGAAGAUCCAGUAAAACUCGUUAGCUGCUUUACUUUGGGUCAAAAUAUCCGAACAUGGACAUGUGAAUUUUUACCCAAAACAAUUGCAUCUAAGCAGAUAUUUAUUGUAGGUUCGCUUGAUAAGGUCUUGAAAGCAUUUGACGUGGAUGGUGUGGAAGUUUUUGACUUUUUUGGGACUUCUGAUGACAAUACAUAUAUUAAUGAUGAGAUGAAAGGUGACGAUGAAAAGCAUAAUAAUAUGAGUGAAGAAGAAAACGACACUCAAGAUAAGACAAAAACUGAUGAUCCUGAGCUUAGCAAAAAAAAGAUUCAAACUACUUUUAAUAGAGUUAAUGAUUUGGGCAUAACACCGGAUGGUAAGAUUUUGAUCACUGCUAAUAAUGAUAAACGUGUCAACUUCUACCGGGUGCCAGAUCUGCUAGACGAACAGUCGAUAACUACUAAGCUCGCAACUUUAAAUUUGAAUGGAAGGUUGACAUCAUGCUCGAUAUCUUCCAACAACCGAUUUCUCCUUGUAAAUGUUGUUCCUGAAGAACUUCAGGUUUGGGAUAUUUCAAAACUUUAUGAUGAUACAGGAGGACCAACAUUAUAUAAAAAAUACUUCGGUCACAGUCAAAGUGCAAAUAUUGUAAGGUCGACUUUCGGAUAUUUAGCAAAUGGUGAAGAAGAGUUAGUUUUAAGUGGAAGCGACGAUGGUUUCAUUUAUUUAUGGAAAACUAAUACGGGCCAGUUAAUUACACGGGUGAAAGGUCAUAAUGGAUUGUGCAACUCAGUCGACUGGAACAAUGGCUAUCAAAUCCGAGACAAUAAUAAAGAUUAUGGUAAGCUUUGGUGUUCUGUUGGUGACGACAAGACAGUAAAAAUAUGGGGGCCCCCCGAUUGGAAUGGGUAG